UAUCUAUCCUAAUGAGCCAUCUAUCGAAUCGCUGCAAUUGAGUUGAGCCCCAAAGCGAGUAGGGGACACCGGCUAAAAAAAUAAUAUAUUGUGCUAAAAUAUUUGUUGUAAUUACAUCUCCAUAUAUACCAUUUUAUAUUCGAUAUUUAUGCUAAUGGGAAAUAGCAGAUACUUUGUUGAAUUAAUUUAGGUGCAUAUACGUUGGUUCUGCCAUCACAAUUAUAAAAGAAAAUGAAAUAAUAACGACUAACAAUUUGCUUAAUCGACAUUUAGUUUUCCGUCCCUAAGUUAAUCAACUAGUAGGUAUCAGAGUAAUAUAAUCAAAUUUAGCUUUGAUAAUUAGUCAAAUUGACUCCAUAGAAAAGCGAAAUAUGACAGCUAUUUUGAAAUAAGAGUACAAAAGAAUUUCAUUAUAUAUUGCCACUUAGAAAAGAAAAUUCAUUAUUAACUUCCCAAUUAAAUAGAAAAUAAUACUUACCAUAUUGGCAUGAAAUUAUAUUACUAUGAAAAUAAAGAAUACUAACCAUUUUCUUACCAAAGCUAAAAAAUAAAUUAUUGCUGAAAUUUAAUUUAUCACCAUAAGUAUUUCAAUAAUUUUCUCACCAAAUUCGGAGGCUUAAAUUAUAACUAAAAUUAGAUAUUUUAAAAAGAUUUUGAUUCAUCUUGGAGAUAUUUUUAUUUUAAUCAUUUUUUUUUUGCCAAAGUUGAAUACUACUUAUCCCAUAAUUAUGGUUAGAAAAUCUAAUUCAUAGAUUAUUUCAAUCCAAUCCUUUAAAUAUUAAAUUUCAUUUUUGGUUUCUCAAUUUAGUCCUUGAAAUAUUUGACUAAUCAUAUUUAAUCUUCAAUUAAUCGUAAUGUGUAUUUUGGUCCUUUUACUUGUCAAUAUUCCAAAAUUUACUUCCUUCUUCCCAAUUUACGUGGCACUUUCGUGUUUCGAGAUCCAAACUAUAUAAACUUUUAAUCAACAUUUCAUAAUGCGAAAAAUUGCAACUUAUAAUACUUUUCGUAUAGUUUUUAAAUAUCUAAAAUAUUAAUUUUAUAACAUGAACCCUAAUUCAAUUUAUUUUCAAGGAUUGUUCAAUUCAAUUCACGAGAAAUGAAACGUGACACAUAAAUUGAGACAAAAGGACCAAUUGUUCCACCACUUAAUUAUUUACGUGUUAUGUUAAGCUUGUAACGUUCCUUCAUAUUUGGCGGUAACAUAGUUCUUGAUAUCGUCCAAAAAUAACAUAUAUUUUAAAUUAACGAAAGGUUAAAAGCGAUCGAGUCAUACUUUACAAGGAUCAAAACCAGAAUUUACCAAUAACUCCGCUACUAAAUUUAUAAAUUUUAAUUAACUAAAGGCUAAAAGCGAUCGAUUCAUAUUUUACGAGGAUCACAAUCAGAAUUUACCAAUAACUCCGCUACUAAAUUUAUAAAUUUUAAUUAACUAAAGGUUAAAAGCGAUCGAGUCAUACGUUACAAGGAUUAAAAUCAGAAUUUACCAAUAACUCAGCCACUAAAUUUAUAAAUUAUGUAACAAAGUACUAUGAUACACUCCCCCUAUAUAUUUGCUUGCUGUUCUAGUAAUAGUUCAUACCUAAGUUGCAUAGACUCUUCAUUUUUUUAUGCAGCACCCGUAUCGGAUUCUUCAAAAACACACUAAUUUUGGCGAAUCCGACACGCACCCAUCGACAUUUUUGACGAGUCCGAGCAACAUUGGUUCAUACAACAACAAAUCUUUGUACUUUCACAAUUUUUUUUUUUUUUUUUGUGUGUGUGUGUGAGAUCAUUCAUUUGCCUCAAAAAUGUUGUCACAAAAGCCCAAAAUUGUUAUAAUUGGUGCAGGAAUAGCUGGUUUAGCAGCAGCAAAAAAGCUAUAUACAACACAAAACUUCAAUGAACUAUUUGAACUUUGUGUUGUAGAAGGUGGAAAUAGAAUUGGUGGAAGAAUUUUUACUAAUGAAUUUUGUGGUGAUAAAGUUGAAAUGGGUGCUAGUUGGAUUCAUGGAAUUGAUGGAAAUCCAAUAUAUAAAAUUGCUAAAGAUAUCAAUGCAUUUGAAAAUGAUGAACCUUGGGAUCCAUUGGGAGGUAAAAUGGAGAACAAAAUGGUUAUAACAGAAGAUGGACAUGAGGUAAAUUCAUCUAUUGUUAAUAACAUAUCAAGUUUUUUUAAGAAUCUGUUGGAUUUUGCAUCUGGUGAAGGGGAUUUUGGAGGUGGGAUUGGUGGUAAAAUUGUUGAAAGAUUGAGGAUUGAAAAUGGUGGCGGCAUUGAGAAGGUUAGUAUUGGUGCUUUUCUUAGAAAAGGGCUUGAGUUUUACUGGGGUUUAAGAAAAGAUCAAGAAAAUGUUGAAAGCUUCAAUCUUGACGAUGGUGGUAGUGAAAAGGAUCAUGAGAAUGGUGAAAUCUUCAAUCUUGACAAUGGCGGUAGUGAAAAAGAUCAAGAACAUGUUAAAAGCUUCAAUCUUGACGAUGGUGGUAGUGAAAAAGAUCAUGAGAAUGAUGAAAGCUUCAAUCUUGACGAUGGUGGUAGUGAAAAGGAUCACGAGAAUGUUGAAAGCUUCAAUCUUAACGAUGGUGGUAGUGAAAAAAUUCAAGAAAAUGUUGAAAGCUUCAAUCUUGACGAUGGUGGUAGUGAAAAAGAUCACGAGAAUGAUGAAAGCUUCAAUCUUGACUAUGGCGGUAGUGAAAAAGAUCAAGAAAAUGUUGAAGUUUUUGAAAAUUGGAGUAGAAAAUCACUUGAAGAAGGUGUUUUCGCUAUGUUUGAGAAUAUACAUAGGCAUUAUUCGUCAGCUGGCGAUUUAGGUACUUUGGAUUUCAAUGGACACAGUGAGUAUAUUGAUUUUCCUGGAGAUGACAUAACAAUAGCCAAAGGUUUUUCAUCUGUGAUUGAAUCUUUGGGUUCUGUUUUACCAUCUGGUUUGAUCCAAUUAGGCCGAAAAGUCACGAAAAUUGAAUGGCAAUUGGAGAACAAUGAUGGUAAUAAGCCAGUGAAGUUGCAUUUCAGUGAUGGAUCAGUUAUGUAUGCUGAUCAUGUCAUUGUUACCAUCUCACUUGGAGUUUUGAAACAAGGAAUUCGCGAGGACUCGAGUCUUUUUAGUCCUCCACUUCCUAGUUUCAAGACCGACGCAAUUUCAAGACUUGGUUUUGGUGUUGUUGACAAGUUGUUCUUGCAACUUAGCCCAACUCAUCAUGAAAAUGUUGGCUAUGAUGGGAUGAAGUUCCCUAAUAUGAUGAUGGUUUUUCAUCAGCCGGACGCGAAGUUGAACAACCCGAAAAUCCCCUUCUGGAUAAGGAGGACAACACUUGUACAUCCAGUUUAUCCAGAGUCAAGAGUUGUAAUGUUGUUUUUUGCAGGUGAAGAAGCUCUAAAGGUUGAAUCUCUUGAUGAUGAGGAGAUCAUCGAAGGGGUCUCGACAACAAUGUCAGAGAUUCUAGCAAACGCAAAGCAUUUCAAGAACUCGAAUGCUGCAGCUGAGAGUGAAAGUUUCAUCAAGUUUACAAAGGUUUUGAAGUGCAAAUGGGGUACUGAUCCAUUGUUUUUGGGAUCAUAUACUCAUAUAGCUGUUGGAUCAAGUGGAGAUGAUUUGGAUUCUAUGGCUGAACCAUUGCCGGAGAAGAGCGGCGAUGGUAGAAAGUCGACGAGUUGUCAUCAACUUCAAGUCUUGUUUGCAGGUGAAGCAACAAGUAGAGCUCAUUAUUCAACAACUCAUGGUGCUUAUCUUACUGGUCUUAGAGAAGCUAAUAGGCUUCUUGAACACUAUCAAUGUGUUGAUGUCUGAAAAAAGAUUGUUCUCUUUUUGAUUGUUUUGUUAUUAUUGCUAGAAGGGGAGCCUUGGAAGUAACCGGUAAAGUUGCUUUCAUGUGAUCAGGCGGUUACGGGUUCAAGCCGUGGAAAGAGUCUCUUGCAGAAAUGCAAGAUAAGGCUGCGUACAAUAUACCCUUAUGGUUCGGCUCUUCCCCAGACCCCACACAUAAUGGGGCCCUUUUUUUUGUUUUUUUGUUUUGUUAUUGCUAUUCAUAUUCAUUUGGAAUGUGAUGUUUGUUAUACAACUCUAUGUAUGAUGGGAAUUUGAUAGAGUAAAGGGAGUUAUAGAAGCUUUUCAUUUUGUAUUAUUUCAAGUUUGCUUUUAA